CACACACACACACACCCCUCCCCCCUGUCAACCGCUCUCCCUCUCUCUCUCUGUUAAUCCGCCUCUCGCUCUCACUCUGCAGUCAUCAUGGCGGAAAUCAAAACGGGAAUCUUCGCUAAAAACGUACAGAAACGGCUGAACAGGGCGCAGGAGAAGGUGCUGCAGAAGCUGGGGAAAGCAGAUGAGACCAAAGAUGAGCAGUUUGAACAAGUGGUCAUUAACUUCAGGAGACAGGAGUCUGAAGGCUCUCGGCUGCAGAGGGAGAUGAAGGCCUACAUGUCUGCUAUUAAAGGGAUGCAGCAGGCCUCCAUCAACCUGACCCAGUCUCUGCAUGAAGUCUACGAACCAGACUGGCACGGAAAAGACGACGUCAUGAUCAUCGGAAAGGACUGUGAUGCAUUGUGGGAAGACUUCCAUAACAAACUGGUGGACUCGACGCUGCUGAACCUGGACGCUUACCUGCAACAGUUCCCGGACCUUAAGACUCGUGUGGCCAAGAGGAGUCGGAAACUCAUUGACUACGACAGCGCUCGUCACAAUGUUGAAAGUCUGCAGGCGUCUGGGAUGAAGAACGACCGCAAGAUUAUGAAGGCAGAAGAUGAACUGAAAAAGGCUCAGAGAGUGUUUGAUGAGCUCAACGUGGGUCUCCAGGAUGAACUACCGACUCUCUGGGACAGCCGGGUCGGCUUCUAUAUCAGCACCUACAAGAGUGUAACGAGUCUGGAGGCAAAGUUUCACAGAGAGAUCUCCCUGGUGUGCAGACAGUUGUAUGAAGUGAUGACCAAACUGGCUGAGCAGCACUCUGACAAAAUGUUUACCAUCCAAGGAGCUCCGAGUGAUUCAGGACCACUACGACUCGCGAGAACCCCAUCACCACCAGAAGAUGAGAGUCCACCAGAGAGUCCAGACGCCAGCUCCAAUCAUAUGCUCCGUCCUGUCUCACCUGGACCACCACGGCCCAAAUCCCCCACACAGUUUAAAAAGGGACCACCGGUUCCUCCACCACCAAAGGUUACACCUACCAAGGAGGUGGCAGAGGACCAGAUUAUCGACCUAUUUGGAGGAGAAUUUUUACCAGCACCUUCACCAUCGCAGCCCAAUGAACGACCUGGAGAAUCUCUUCUUGACCUGGACUUUGAUGCUUUUCAGCCAGAUGAAAGUGUCUCGCCAAUACCACAGACAACUAUACCUUGGGACAUGUGGUCGGGAAACGCACAAACAGCUCAGCCUCAGGCUGCAGAUGCCGGCUUCAUGGCUGACUGGUCCGCAGACUUUGGUUCAGUGCCAGCAAAUGGAGAUGCCUCUUCAAGAGCCGAGGCCCCUGGUGCCCCUGCUGUAGUGCUGGAGGGGGCACAGGGUGGGGCUCAGGGCUGGCCCCAAGCAGAUGGCUUGCAGCCGGGUGGAGACACAGCUACACCUCCUCAGGAAAGCGAGGCAGCCACAGCAGCUGAAGAUGAGGUGACCAGUGGAUUUAAUGGAUUUUCACAGGAUGCUUCUGCCCCAUCAUUUUUUGCUGAUUUUGAUAAGAUGAACAAAGCUAAUGCUGAAUCAACUGGGACUCCUGGAGCCUCAGAGACACAAGCUGCUGCCUCGACAGAACCUGCUGAGGAGCAAGACAAACCUGCAGCCCCCCCUGCUGGAGACGAACCUGCAGCCCCCCCUGCUGGAGACGAACCUGCAGCCCCCCCUGCUGCAGACGAACCUGCAGCCCCCCCUGCUGCAGUUGAACCUGCAGCCUCCCCUGCUGGAGACGAACCUGCAGCCCCCCCUGCUGCAGACGAACCUGCAACCCCCCCUGCUGGAGACGAACCUGCAGCUUCCCCUGCUGAAGACAAACCUGCAGCUUCCCCUCCUGGAGGAGAGGUGGAUGAACAUCCUGCUCCACCUGCUGGUGAGGAAGUCACAGCAGAAAGUCCUGGCAGCCUGAAGGAGGAGAACCCUGCUUCAACGGUUGGAUCUCCCAGCUCUGAGAAACCAGAACUUGGUGAGGAAAAGAUGCCGAUCCCCUCCGUGGUGAUUGAACCCGCCUCUAGUAAUGAAGGUGACGAUGACCGCGAUACUGACAUCAUCUCCCCCACUGCCAUAAGUGACAAUGGUGUUACUGCACAAAACCAGACCAUUAAACACAUGAGUCCAUCUGGUGGCAUCUCAGGACUCCCUGAUGACUUUCUCUAUAAGGUGGAGACAAUGCAUGACUUUGAAGCUGCAAAUUCAGAUGAACUUGAACUUAAGAGAGGUGAUGUGGUGUUGGUGGUUCCAACUGCUUCAGUAGAGGAUCAGGAUGCUGGCUGGCUCACAGGGAUCAAAGAAAGUGACUGGUUAACACUUGGAGCUGGUGCUCGAAAAGGACUGUUCCCGGAAAACUUUACCCAGCGUUUGGAGUAAGAGGUCUCUUUAGAUGGCAGAUAAAAUCAGAAGAAAUUUGAAACACUGGUGUCCAAGCAGUCCAGUCAGCAUGUAGCCAUCCCCGUCCUGAGAAAAACCUGUGGUCUCCUGCAGCUGUCUGCUGGACAACACAAGGCUUUCUCUGGUCUGCACUCUCCUGAAAGGGAAACUCAUGGUAAUAAAUACUAGUACUAUUCCCAGCAGAAGUGAAAAUUAAAAAGCAUGAUGUGAUAGUAUGGUCUACCUUUCCUGGAACUAAGAUCUUUUUUUUUUUUUUAAAGAAAAAAUAUGAUGUAUGGUUUAUUGGGAAUGUUGAAAUAUCUACAUGUUCACACCUACAAAAGCAGGAUGUGUUUCUGGAGUUAACUAAAUGAAAAAUAAGAAAAACUGCACCUUUUUUGCACCGUGUGUUGUACUGAUUUUGUUGCUCUGCUGUGGAGUAUACGAGAAUCUGUAGUGCUGUGAUCUAUUUAAAUGUUUUUGAGUGUAACAUGAAUUUCUUGAGUUUGUAGUUUUUUUCAGACACAUCAUUGCUGUUACCUUUGAAUCACUGUUAGUGUAUUUCUGUGUUUUGGUUGAGUGUGUGGUGAUCUUUUUUUGGCAUAUGUGGCAAUUAAUGAAUUUAUUGAAAAGUGUUGCUGUGUUUCUGCCAAAAGAAUAUUGACAUGUAUUAUUUGAGUACUGGCCAACAUCAGUGCCCAUCCAGCAUGAAAAUCUCUGAACAUUUAUUGAAUUAAGUAUUUUAAAAUACAAUAAAAACAAAAUCUCCAUACUAUUAAAAUAUUGUAUAAUUCAAGUCUUAUAAAAAUUAUAUUUGCAAGAAAGUGAACCAACCAGACGACAGCUUAAUCUUAUCAGCCAUCUAUAUAUAAGUGUACGAUCACAGGGAAGGUAUUAACAAAUCCAAUAUGCAAUCUAUGUUGUCGGAUUAUUUUAGGUCUCCAUAUUCCAACAGUUCUGUAGAUCAAUGAAGUUGGUGUCACCUCCUUUGAUAGUGAAGUUAACCCCCAAUUUAGACAUUUUGUGAUGUACAAACCAUAACCAUUAAUGUCAUGAUCAAUAAAUGAGCGUUAAUACUGUAUAAA